AUAUGAGCUAAAACUCGCGUAAUUGUUCUAAAUAAUGUAUUUUAAAACAACGCAUUUGUUUGGAUAAUAUCACUUCGUUUCGUUUCCUGGUUUUUAGCAUCAGCAACUCUCGGUCUGCGCCCUUCCUUGCCUUGGUUGGUGUCCGUCCCUCUGUUUUCCGGAAGGGAGCCUUGAUGUGGGCAGUAUGAGUAAGACGCCCCCUACAAGAAGAGGGAUAUCAUUUGAGGUUGGAGCUCAGCUUGAGGCCCGAGACAGCCUCAAAAACUGGUAUGCUGCCACCAUAGAGAAGAUUGAUUAUGACGGUGAAAAAGUACUCAUCCAUUACCGACAGUGGAGCCACCGUUACGACGAGUGGUUUGACUGGACAAGUCCCUACUUGAGACCCGUGGAGAGGGUUCAGCUGAGGCGGCAGGGCCUGCAGGAAGACGCUCCUGUACCUGGCUUCCAUGUGAAUGAUAAGGUCCUCGCCAGCUGGUCUGACUGCCGUUUCUACCCUGCUAAAGUAAUUUCUGUCAAUAAAGAUGCAUCCUACACUGUGAAGUUUUAUGAUGGCGUUGUCCAGACAGUAAAGGGGAUACACGUGAAGCCUUUUAUUAAAGAGAGAGGUGGUGUAGGUGGAGGGAAGUCUCGUUCCACUGACAGGAACAUGGUUAGAAGGGCCCCAAACCGUAGAGAAAGGAGGCCUCAGGAGAAUGGAGGUCCAAAGAACAAGCGAGCCAGACGCAGCACCUCUGACCAGGAGGAAGAGAGCAACAGUGAAGAUGAGGAGCGGGACGAAGCGGUAGAGAACGAGAAGAGCAAGAAAACAAAUGGUGAGGUAGAGGAUACAGCCAAUAUUAAACAGGAGGAGGAAACCUCAGAGGAAGCAGAGCAGAAGAAGCCCGGGGAUGUUCAAAAGGGGACGGGGCUUACAAACGGGGUGAAGGAUGAAGAGGACUGUAAGAAAAAUGAAGAAAGCAGCCACAUAAAUGGAGAGGUGAAGAAGGAGGAGACAGAAACAGAAGGGAGUGAAACAAAGCCAUAUACAGAGUUGCCCAAGCCAUACAAAGACCCACAUACUCCAUUGUCGGCACAGUCAGAGCAGGUGUCUGUCACUAUGACAACCAGCGAAUCUAAUGGAAGUGUGGAGCAGAAGCCAAAUGUCCAAUCAGAAAGCACGCAGGCUUCAGCAGAGGUACCACCUCCCCAACCUGUAAAACCGGUGAGGAAACAGGGUUUUCACAACCCCAACAGAUUCAGCAGAGAACCAUUGUACCGAGUCAUCAAAAACCAACCUCCCCCUGUCCUGUCCAUCAACCUUGACCACAAUCCGUUUAAGUGCAGCGCUCCUGGCUGUCCAAAGUCAUUCCGUAAGGCCAAACUGCUGCACUAUCAUAUGAAAUACUAUCAUGGCGAGGAGCAGCCUCUUGAGGGGGAGCGUAGCCCCACCCGAAGUGUCCAGACCAGGGCCUCUGACAAACAGAUUACAGGUAUAGAGGGCCCUAAGAGAAGGCGGACCAUCUCUGCUUCUAUGCACUCUGUUGGAGCUGCUUCAGCUCCCCGUGGUGAGGUGAAGACUGCUGGCAGACGCACAUCAGCCCCACCUCUCGUCAACACUCAGGGCCAUCAGCAGAGGGCGCUGCUGAGGGAGAAGAGCAAGGAGAACCAGCUGGAUAGGAAUGGAUGCCAUCAGCUGGACAAGGACCUAGACAGGAGUGGCUUUGACAUUGGGUCAUUUAAAGAGAAACUGAAAGAGAAACCGAAACAGAAGGACUUCCUCCGCAUUAAGCUAAAGAAGAAGAAGAAGAAAAAGAAGGCCAAGUCUGACUACACAGGUAGUGAGGAGAAUAUUGACAUCUCAGUAUUGGGUCUUCAGUCCAAAUUGAAUAUGCCAUUCAAAUCCCCCCUCUCACACAAUCACAAGCCUGAGGCCUACCCCAGCAGGCCCGGAUACAGCUACUCAGAGCAGAUACAUGUGGAUGAUGAUGAUAGCAUCAGCGACUGGUCCACUGACAGCUGUGGAUGGAGCGAUGACGACUUUGGGGUUGAUCUGGAUGUCACAACGCCUCCCCUGAGUAUUGACUCAGGUGCUGUGGACACAAGUGACCAAGAGAUCGUUCGAUGCAUCUGCGAGGUAGAGGAAGAAAAUGACUUCAUGAUUCAGUGUGAAGACUGUUUAUGCUGGCAACAUGGCACCUGCAUGGGUCUGCUGGAAGACAACGUCCCAGACAGAUACACCUGCUAUAUCUGCAGAGAUCCACCAGGCCAGAGACAGAGUCUGCGUUACUGGUAUGAUCGUGAGUGGUUGAGCAAUGGUCACAUGUACGGCCUGUCCUUCUUGGAAGAGAACUACUCUCACCAAAACGCAAAGAAGAUCACCACCACCCACCAGCUGCUGGGAGAUGUGCACCAUGUGGUGGAGAUUCUCAAUGGGCUGCAGCUGAAGAUGAGUGUUCUACAGAGCAGUACUCACCCAGACCUGCAGCUGUGGAGGCAGCCCUGGAAACAUUUAGAGAGGUCGCGUAUCAGCUCCGACUCAGGUCGUAGUGGUGACGCAGUUCCUUCUCCCAUGACUCCUGAUGAGGACAUGAGUCGAGGCGAAAUUUUAAUGUCCAAUGCCCUGGAGAAGCUGAGCCGGGCCGCUACGGCAACCACCUCCUCUUCGUCAUGCUCCUCCUCCCCGUUCCCAUCCUUUCAGGACUCUUACAUUACCAGUGAACAUUGCUAUCAGAAACCACGGGCGUACUACCCUGCAGUGGAGCAGAGGCUGGUGGUGGAGACCAGACAGGGGUCAGAGUUGGAGGACAGCAUGAGAAGCACGGAGGAGCUGUUGGAGCGGGAGCAGCGCUACGGAAGCCUGCUGGAGUCAGACAAGCCCAAAUCAGCUGGCAGUGGUACAAAGGCAUCGAUGGGUAGCUCUCGGUCCCAGGUUGACACAAAAGAAGAGGAUGGGAGAGAUUCUGAAGAGGCUGCAGAUCACAGCAAGCAGCACCAGCAGAGGCAGAUCAACCUACUGGAUCACAUCGAUGCAGUCCAGGAUGAGGUCUCACACAGGAUGGACUUUAUUGAGAGGGAACUAGAUGUGCUGGAGAGCUGGCUGGAUUACACCGGCGAGCUGGAACCUCCUGAGCCCUUGGCUCGUCUGCCUCAGCUCAAACACCGCAUGAAACGGCUGCUGACACAGCUGGGCAAGGUGCAGCAGAUUGCUCUGUACAGCUCCACAUGAGGGCGCCAGAGAACAGCAGCAGCCUCGGCCCCAUGCAGCUGCAGAGGGAGUGAAGCGGAGGAAGCUCACUGGAGAAGAUGUUAAUCUUAGUGCAAGACUCUGAUUGUUCUGCAAGUUCCCUCUGACCUGAAAUCUGCUGCUGAUUGUCCUUUAAAGAGUUGAGUGUGAUGAAAUCCAAUGCUGCAGCCAGAAAGAUUCAUAUUUAGUAUAUGAAAAUGUUUGAAAUGACAGCAUCUUAAAUCAGGAUAUAACACAAGAAGUAACCUCGAAUUUGCAGGAAAAAAUCCUUAGGACCAGAUAACACUUCUGUGGUUCCCAUGCAACUUAUGAAUACCGUCUGUAUGAAGCUACUGCAAAGGGUUGCUCUGUCCCUCUUAGUACACAGUGCUUUAUAUGCAGAAGCUUUGUAUACGACAUUGCAAUCGAGUUCCUUAACCUACACAGCCUCUUUGCAACAGUUCUUUGUUUUCAUAGUGUUGCAGUUUUUGUGUUAAAUUGUUCCAAAGUUCAGUUUUUGUCACUUGUCCUGCCACUCUGCAUUAAAACUUUCACUUUUAAAAGCAGACAGCAACUUGAAGACAUCCUGUAUGUAACGUGACCGUACAAAUCUCUUUAAAUGAGUUGUCCUUAUUUGACCUACUCACUGGUUUGUUUUAUACUACACUGUGAAGUUAUUUUUGUCUGGAAUCAAAGGAACCUUAUUUCAGUUUCAUGCGUUGUCAAGUGUGAUUUCAGUUUUGUCUUAUUCUAUUCAUCCUCAUCAGUGUACUGUUUUACCAGUUUUCUUUCUGUAUCCUUUACUUCAAUUUACUCUUUGCAUUAUUGUUGUAGCACUUGAGUUAUUUUUGGCUGAAAACUGUAACUUGGACUUGUCUUUCCUUAACCUUGUUUUCCUGUACUUUGUAAGUUACAAAUAAUACCUAAAAGACUCAUAAAUUUAUUCUUUUCUGUCUUUGUUUUUUUAUUUACUCUAUUUUGGUUGUAAAUAUGUUAAUCAAAAAUGUGCUCUUCUUUACUGAAAACAUUCUCCAGAUUCAGAUAUUGUAUGCUUCUGUACUGUAACUGUCCGGCUUAGAAGCAGGGAAGUGUAAAAAACAAUGCAAACAUUUGCUGGUAUAUGAAUAAACUCAUUGUUACUAUU